AUGAACCGGGGGGGCGUCACAGAGCAACAAGCGGUCGCUCCGAGGACUGGCCCUCCACUAGAGGCGACCAAAUUUACAGUCGCAACAGUCAUUCUGGCAUUCUCUGUGUUACUCCUGUUCCUGCUGAACCAGAUUUAUAUGUUUGGGUCUACUUUUCAACAGGCGUCACGAAGUCAUGAUCUGCAGAUCCUCUUGGUCAACUAUGAUAGCAAUGAUGGCCCGAUCUGGAAUUCUCUGGUAAAUGCAUCCCGCGCCCUACAGGCGGCUACAUAUCCUACCAUUGUCAUCGGAAAUCCAACCCAAUAUCCUGAUCCAGCUUCUCUCGUCCACUCGGUGCAAGAAGACCACUACUGGGGUGCCCUGUACGUCCAUCCAGGAGCAUCCGAUCGCUUUUCAGCUGUUGUCACGGGCAGAAUUUCAUCCUACAAUGCAAGCAACUCCAUCUCCUACGUAUGGAAUGAGCUACGAUAUGCCGCCAUCAGCCUGUCCGUCAUUCAGGCCGCACUAGUCGAGCUUCACACCGCCGCGCAGGGCAUACUUCAGGCCAGCACUGCAAGGACAUUGAUCGAGCAGCCCAAUAUCACUCAAACUGCACUGAGUGCCUAUCUAACUCCCCUGCAAGCUGUUGAGAUCAACCUCUCGCCUAGUCCGCAGGCAAGCAAGGCCUUUUACAACACAGUCAUCAUGGCCAUGGCUAUUGUCCAGCAGAAUGUCUUCCUUAUCGCCUUCAGCGGCAUGUCUACAAAAUUUGGACUUUUCAGCCAACCCUUCAAAUUUUCGGCUGGACUAUAUAUCAUCGUGGGUCUGGCAUAUACCUUCGUCGGCGCACUCGUCCCCACUGUUUGUAUGUGGACAUUUCGCGAGGGUUGGGCUAUCAGCGGCUCCCAGUUUGUGGAGACGUGGCUCGUCAUCUGGUUCGCCAUGCACAUUUAUUACCAGCUCAUUGACGGGACUCUAGCCCUAUUUCCUUUGCAAGUGUACUCACACCUCCUUGUCACUUUUGUUUUUCUGAACGUGACCAGCACCAUUUUUCCCGUUGAAUUGUCGGCCGGUUUCUAUCGAUGGGGUCAAUCAUUGCCUGCUUUUGAGGUUCUACAGCUUCUUUUCAAUAUAUGGUCUCAAAGUUCGGUGCGGCUGUACCAAUCACUGCCCAUUCUCUUCUCCUGGUGGGUGAUAAGCGCUUCUUGGUCUAUUGCUGGUUUGAUUAAGAGGCGUAAAGAUGCGGCCCAGCUACUAUAA